AACACAGGCAUUUUGAAAAUAGUUCAGUUUGUUAUUCACCAACGUUAAACGUUAACGCUAACGCGGUCUUAUAAAAUGUUAGCUUAAUAAUAAUUUGAAACCUCUUACUUUGAGAGACAGUGGCAGCGGUGGUACUCUGAAAUUGAUCCUCUCAGUCUCAGGAACACGGUGCGUUAGUAAAAAGUGAAAAAGAAAUGGCAGAACUGAGUUUGGGAAUUCUAAUUGAUAUUGUUGAUGAGGAAUGGAUGAGAGAAACUCUUCCUGAUGAUGAUCUUCCACUGCCCCCAACACUGGUUGUUAGGACAGAUGAUACUGAGGACUCAAAUCAGGAGAUUCAACAAGUUAAUGUGGAUGCUUGGCACGAUCUUGCCUUUGGUCAAGAAUAGAAGUUUCAUCAUUAACUAGUGUCUAGUGUUGUGCUUUGUAAUUAGUGAGUGGAUGAUGGUGCUCCCUGGUAUUUGGACUAGGCAUCUUCCUUUCUUUUUCCCUGAUAGAUUGUAACUUAUUCAUGUUUAUCAACUACUAGUAACCGUUAAGGUUAUAUUAAGGAAUCGUGCUAUCAUUGCUGAAUGUUAAUGUUUGCUGUCAGGAAAACACUGUUGUAUUUUUGCUUUAAGGUUGAAGCAAAUUUAGGGCAACUAGUGCCUACUGGUAUGCUCUGGAGUCUGAAACUUGUAUUAAUAUGUUUAAUAGUAAUAUAUAGUAGUACUACUGUUGUUUGGAAUCA